AUGUCCCAUCACGAUCUUGACUACGCCAGCCGACGGUUGCAGUUGGUGGGUUCCCGAGUGGUAGAGGCCGAGGACUCUGGUCACCGAGUUAUUCCUACGCAGCAUCAUCAUCACCAUCAGCAUUCCCACUCUCACUCUUACGAUGACACGGAAGAGUCAAGUCCUGAAAAGGGGAGGCACCAUACACCGAAAUUCCUUAAGACUCACUCAGCUACAAAUUUUGAGCUAUUCUACGAUUUGUGGUUUGUAGCCAAUCUGAAUGUCUUUACUAGCAAACAUGACAUCUCGGAUAUAUCGAAGUUCUCGUCUUUUAUCGGAUACAUCGUUCUCUUAUGGACAACAUGGCUAUUAACUACCCUCUACGACGUACGGUUCACAGCCGACAGCGUGUGGGAACGCUGCUGCAAGGCCAUACACUUAGGGGUCAUGAUAGGAUUUUCCGAGAUUGGUGCCGCCUUCGACCCAAACAACCAGAUUGUAUCAGUAUUUAGGGCGAUGUCGCUGUUCCUUGCCGUUUCUCGUUUGGUCCUCGCUUUGCAGUACGGGAUGGUCACGUUCCAGAUUCGCAAGUAUGCCCACGGCAAACGUGCUAUGUUCAUCACCGCCCUUCUCCAUUUCAUCGCCGCUGCGAUAUACUUGGGUGUCUCGUUCAGGUAUAACUUGGGCAAGACGAGUCGUGUUUUUCUCGUCUGGUAUAUUGGCGGUGGUGUCGAGAUGGCUCUGCACCUACGCAUCUCCCAGCUGUCCCACGUUCUAACAUUCCUUGGUACACAUCUGGGCGAGCGCUUAAACCUCCUCACUCUAGUCAUUCUCGGAGAAGGUUGUAUAAUUCUGGCCAAGAGUAUUACUCUCCUGGUGAAAGAUACUUACCUCAAGGAAUCCAGUUACUCGAUGUGGAGUUCGACUCUUAUCGGUCUCGUUGCCGCCGGUACAGCAUUGAUAUACAUAAUUUUCCAGCUCUACUUCGACUGGAUGCAUGAUGAACAUUCAAUGUCUAAACGGCAUCAGGUCUUAUGGACAGCGGUACAUUUACCCUUCCAUAUCGCCCUUACUCUUCUUGUUGAAGGCGCAAACCAGUUUAUCGUCUGGGCCCGUAUCCUCGAAACCUCCAACGCAGCUCUCGCAAAGGUAGUCGAUAUUCAAACCCAGUUCGUAGACAUGACGUCCGAAGAGGUUUCCGAAAAGCUUGCGAGCGUGAUUCAACCGUUCCUUAAGAAAUACCAGCCCGCCGAUGUCCUUGAAACGAUGGAUUCCGUGAAUGAAACUCUAGAGCACAUUGCUGAUAUCCCCGACUCAUUCUGGAAAGAAGAUUCCCACCCGGAUAAUUCCACGCUGGUUCAUUACCAAAACGAUCUGAUAGACUUGAUGAACACAAUGCUCAAUGCUGUCUACAAUGCUUUUGAAAUCGAUCCACCUGAAGGGGAAGGGGAUGGCCCCAAGCCCGAGUAUUGGCAAUCCGAAGCAGCCGUAGCAGUUGCCAAAAGGUUUAGAUUGGUUUAUAUUUAUGCUUUUGCAUGUGCUGGCGUAGUCUUGCUCAUUUUGACUAUUAUGCACAUCAUCUCUAAACGAAGAGGAUGGACGCCUUUCAAUAUUCUCAGAACUAGCGUCUGCAUUUUGAUUUCCAUCUUCCUAGCACUUCUUACUCUAGUAGUAGUCAACCAAGAUGCUGUAUUCAGAGGCGACAGGCGUACGGCAUUCUACGGGAGCUCCUGGAUGUUACCGACAAUUACAAUCAGUUAUUUCGUUGUUCUUGUUCUAACGCAUCUGCCACACCCAUCCGGAUUCUGGUUGGGAAGCUUUAGAAAAGGGACAUAUAAGGCAGUUGAAGUGCCAAGGGGUCCUAAGGGGGUUCAGACCCCACCGCCUUUACGGAACAACCAUCACCUCAUGGACUACGAAGAUGGGCGAGUCGAAUCCUCGUCGGGCGAAUACGAUGUAAUAACCCCACCUCUUCCACGAUACGAAGAACAUAGAGCAAGGGAAGCACGAAGACAGAAACGUAGCCAAGAGAGGCGAAGUCAUGCAACGACGCAGGUAUGA